GUGAGGCUGGGCGCGCGUCCCCGGGCCACACGUUUUUGCGCUCAUCUCUUUUCUGCAUGGUGGAUAUUCUUUUUCAUUAUCCUUUCCUGGGUGCUAUGGGGGAUCAUCCCAAGAAGAAGCCCGGGACGGCCAUGUGCGUGGGCUGCGGGAGUCAGAUCCACGACCAGUUUAUCCUGCGGGUCUCGCCCGACCUCGAGUGGCAUGCAGCCUGCCUCAAGUGCGCCGAGUGCAGCCAGUACCUGGAUGAGACCUGCACGUGCUUCGUGAGAGACGGGAAGACCUACUGCAAACGUGACUACGUCAGGCUGUUCGGCAUCAAGUGCGCCAAGUGCCAGGUGGGCUUCGGCAGCAGCGACCUGGUAAUGCGCGCACGGGACAGCGUGUACCACAUCGAGUGCUUCCGCUGCUCAGUGUGCAGCCGCCAGCUGCUGCCCGGAGACGAGUUCUCGCUGCGGGAACACGAGCUGCUCUGUCGUGCAGACCACGGCCUCCUGCUGGAGCGCGCGGCCGCCGGCAGCCCGCGCAGCCCCGGUCCGCUCCCGGGCGCCCGCAGCCUGCAUCUGCCAGACCCCGGGCCCGGCCGGCAGCCCACCCUGCGGCCGCACGUGCACAAGCCGGCGGAGAAGACGACCCGCGUGCGCACGGUGCUCAACGAGAAGCAGCUGCACACCCUGCGGACGUGCUACGCCGCGAACCCGCGGCCCGACGCGCUCAUGAAGGAGCAGCUGGUGGAGAUGACCGGCCUGAGCCCGCGGGUCAUCCGCGUCUGGUUCCAGAACAAGCGCUGCAAGGACAAGAAGAAAUCCAUCCUUAUGAAGCAGCUGCAGCAGCAACAGCACAGCGAUAAGACGAGCCUCCAGGGACUGACCGGGACGCCCCUGGUGGCCGGCAGCCCCAUCCGCCACGAGAGCGCCGUGCAGGGCAGCGCCGUGGAGGUGCAGACGUACCAGCCGCCGUGGAAGGCGCUCAGCGAGUUUGCUCUCCAGAGUGACCUGGAUCAACCCGCCUUCCAGCAGCUGGUCUCUUUCUCCGAGUCCGGCUCCCUGGGCAAUUCCUCAGGCAGCGACGUGACCUCCCUGUCGUCGCAGCUCCCGGACACCCCCAACAGUAUGGUGCCGAGUCCGGUGGAGACGUGAGGGGAACCCUCCCUGCCGCCUCGCGGACCUCGCAUGCUCCCUGCAUGAGACUCACCCGUGCUCAGGCCUUGCCAGCUCCGACCGCGCUCGGGCCCCGGUAAUUGCUAUUAUUGUUAUUUAAAGAGAGAGGACCGAAAGAAACGGUCGCGUUGGCCCCGAGCGCCGGGACGCUACCUGCUUCUGCCAGACUGGAGACCCCCCCUCUCCCCUCUCCGAGGACUUUGCUUUUUUUUGAAACCAGAAUAUGUGGUUGACUCGCCUUAGCUGGGCCCUCUGCUGCCUCGCACUCCGAGGUGUGAUUGCUACCGCCGGCCCUGCGCUCCACGCGCGGGUCCUUCCUGAGCGCGCAAGGUCGAUCCUGACCUCGCCGAAAAGGCCGCUGCGCCCCACCUCGCCCACGCCGGCCUCGCGCUCCGGAGCGGCUGUGUCGGGGAGGAGGAGGGUGACAGGGACAGGCGAGGGGAACGGACAGUCAAGCCACCCCCACGCGCGUGGUGGAUGGACAAAGUGGGCACCAAACUUUCCCUCGGAAAUGUUUUAAAUUAUCCGUCGACGGAGGACCCCCCCCCCCGGUGUGUGAGCCUUUGCCGACCAAACAAACGUAAGUUAUUGUUAUUUAUUGUGAGAACAGCA